ACUAGCUAUUAUAAAUUCAACAAGCUUAAACUAACAACAGAGCCAAGUUGACCCCAUUAUUUUAACACCAGUGGAGAAGGGGAAAUAUCUGUCAUUCUAGACUAUAUCAUUAGCUGGCUAUGGAUGUGAGGCCUCGGUACUUUCAGAUAGGUAGUUAGCAUUAACGUAAAGCCCAUUGAAUUGAAUUAACGUAAAAAAGCUCAAUUAUAAAUGGAAAGGUACAGACUUGUUUUUAGGUAAUUUCAAUAAGAAAAUAGGUCGCUAGGGUGAGUGACGUUAUUCCACAAUUUGAAAGGUUUUUCCUCCUUGAUUACAGCAAAGGGAUAGCUAGCCGUGGAAAGACUGCACUCCCGAAAAAAACAAAAUGAGUGAAAGGCGUCGGAGACAGAAAGGCGUAACACCGGAGUUCAUUUCCACCGGAAAUAGCCGGACUAUCUUUACAGAGGGGAAAGGAGUAGUUCAAAGAAACACGAAAACCAGCUUGUAACGUUUGAAUUAAAUACAUGAGGGUAGCUAGCCAACUUGGCUAGCUAUUUAGGUAAUUGAUCCUUUUGCCAAACGUGUUUGAAGUCACCAGCCAUGGCAGAACGUGGUGCACAUUUGACAGCUGCAGCUGCAGAUGACAGACCGUCAAUAUUCGAGGUCUUGGCACAGGACUCCCUGAUGGGUGCAGUCAGACCCGCCUUGCGACACGCAGUGAAGGUUCUGGCUGAGUCUAACCCCUCUCGCUACGGAUUCGUCUGGCGGAGAUUUGACGAGAUUCACGGUGUUCUCGAUGUAUUGCUUCAGCACCAUUUUCUGUCACGGACUAGCGCCUCAUUCUCUGAGAACUUUUACAGCCUAAAGCGCGUGGCUGCUUCUGGUCGCGAGCGGCCAGCUCACCAUGGUCUGCGUGGGAAACACCACUGGUGCUCGCUGAUCCUGCUUGCCCUCGUUCCUUACUUGAGGGCCAAGCUGGAACAGGUACUGGCCAAGCAGAGGGAUGAGGACGAUUUUUCCAUCCGCCUGCCACAGACGCCCUUGCAAAGGAUGUACAGGGCCUUCCUGGCAGCCUACCCCUAUGUCAGCGUGGGCUGGGACAGCUGGGUGUUCUGCCAGCAGCUGUUGUAUGUGUUUGGCCGAGCCAAGACCCACUCACCAUUUCUGUGGCUGGCAGGUGUCAGGCUGGCUCACCUCACAGGACAUGACAUCACAAAUAUGGACCUCAAACCAGCCUCGCCUUCCAGGACCAUCGGCUCAAGUGUUGGAGAGAGGCUGCGGAGGCUGACGUCGACAGUGGUGGGGGGUGUGGCUCUGUCCCUCUCCACUAGUCUUUCCUUGGGAGUGUUUUUCCUGCAGUUCCUCGAGUGGUGGUACUCCUCAGAGAACCAGAACACCAUCAAGACCCUGACCUCCCUCCCCACACCACCCCCUCCCAUCCACCUCCAGAACCAAGAACCACUGACCAGACACAGCAAAGCAUGUCCACUCUGCUGCAAGAUCCGCACCAAUGAUACCGUCCUCUCCACCUCUGGGUUUGUCUUCUGUUACCGCUGUAUUUAUGUCUACAUCAAAGCCAACCAGAGGUGUCCGAUGACUGGGUACCCCACUGAACUUCAGCAUCUCAUCAAGAUUUACUCACCAGAGAGCUAGAGAGAAUCUUAUUUCCAUUCCAAUGAAGGACUUGGACAAUCAUGUCACAAUGACAAUUUAUACUGUAAUUGAUUUGUUAGUUGACUAUAUCCCUUUUGACCACUUGUAAAUAAUUUAAAGCACUAACAUAUCCCUAGCCGUCAUAAUAGUUUAAAUGCCCAGUGCAGAUAUUUUUCUCAAUAUCAACUCCCUUUUUUCUAUAUUUACAACUUAGGUCAGCUAUGCUGGCCUAUGGAGUCCCUUGGGAAACCCAACUACUGAAACAUCCAAUGAUGGGAAUUAUCAAUAAAUUAUGUGGGCUCCCGAAAGGACUGAUCUCUCUAAUAUAUAAACAACUUUUGGAAAGCUCAUUCUGAGCUAGCCAUUAAAGUAUAGUCCACAGAUCGAAUGGAAUCUGAACUAUGCUUUAACUGGCACAGAAUAUGAAAAAAUAUUACAUUGGCAUCCUGUAAUCUUAACCAUCAAUUUAUACAUUUUAAUUUUGUUCACACACUAUUUAACACCAACUGUUCAUGUGUCCCCUAAAUCAGGUAGAUGCAUUUCUUCAUAUGAUGUGGGAGUUAAAUGUUUUUGGGGGAAAGUUACAAUUAAUUUUUAAGUGCAUGAAUUUAAAUAUUCAAUGCUUUCCAUCUAUGUUAAUGAUUAUAGCUCCUUGAAUCUCUCAGAGAAGAUUACUGCGGGCAGGCAGAACCAAAAAUAAGCCCAAUGUGUAAAGUGUUGGUCCCAUGGUUCAUGAGCUGAAACAAAUGAUCCCAGAAAUGUUUCAUAUGCACAAAAAGCUUAUUUCUCUCAAAUUUGGUGCACACAUUUGUUUAUAUCCCUGUUAGUGAGCGUUUCUCCUUUGCCAAGAUAAUCCAUCUACCUGAUCGGUGUGGUAUAUCAAGUUGAUAAAACAGCAUAACAUUUACACAGGUGUAUCUUGUGUAGGGGACAUUAAAAGGCCACUCUAAAAUGUACAGUUUUGCAACACAAAACAAUGCCACAGAUGUCUGAAGUUUUGAGGGAACGUGCAAUUGGCGUGCUGACUGCAAAAAUGUCCACCAGAGCUGUUGCCAGAGAAUUGAAUGUUCAUUUCUCUACCAUAAACUGCAUCCAACAUAAUUUUGGAGAGUUUGGCAGUGCAUCCAAUAGGCUUGGGCUAUACAGGGGUAUUUGGAAAUAGCCACGGGAUGGUUUUUCACUAUUGCCAAUAACGUUGACACUAUUUUAGGUUGUUCAAUAAAUGUUAAUAUUUGUAACUACUUUAAGUAAAUACUUGCAGUCAACUUGUAAAAUAAUGUGACAGGUGAAAUUAACACGAUCUGCUUUAUUUCCUAAUUGUUUUUUGCUUCGAGUGAUCACGGACAUGCAACUAUAGUUUUCCAACACAGAAAAUACAUUAGUGCAACACAUUUGGCAGAAAAUAUAUUCAUUUUCAUUAGAUGACAACAGAAGUACAAAGCUAUUUGUCUGGCAGCCACAAGUAAAUUAGCUUACAAUGAAAAAGCAAGGUCUUUUUUGAAAAGAUGAUGCAUGGCCAUCAUAUUUCCAAUGUUUAAUCAUAGAAAGAAUGUAGCCAGCUACAUUUCCUAAUGUUUUGCUUCAAGUUCAUCUUGCAUUUUACCUGAGAAAAGUAGGCUAGCUACACCGAGAAAAGUAGCUGCAUAUUGUCAGAGUACCGUCUGUUGAUUGAAUGCCCAUUCCUGAAUUCUCAUCCGAGUGGAGAAGUGCAACUGAAGCACAAAAUGAGUCUGAUGCAGAAAUUACAAUAAGAAGCAUUUUAGAUCUGCGUUUACAAAACGAAGUAAGAGACUUCGUAUGCAUUUUAUAUUUUUUCUGCGUUAACGUGACCCCUAAGUUUAACUUGCUAGUUAUCUAAGUAAAUGACUCUAAGGUGACGGGGCAUCAUAUUGUGUAAACUUUGUCGUGCUUUAUCAGUCAAAUUCCUUUGGAUGAGUUAUCGGUACAUCUGCCACUGCUAUCUUUUGAUUUCCUUGUGUUUUCGUCCCUUCUGCUCCUCCCCAAUCUUCUUCGAGCACAGCAGGCAGGCCCGUUGCCCUAGCGAAUCCAGACUCGACACAGGUUGUAGGCAUGCUGCUUCAGAGCCAGUACCUUUCUUCCUUCAGACAAGUAUGCCUCAAAACUGUUAUUUUUCACAAUGUCUCGUUCACAUUCGCUUGUAAAUGUCCAAACUCACCAAAAAUGUAAUUAUGUAGCUCCUAAUGAUAUAUGUAUAACUUUAUGAGCUGGAUUGCCUGACUUUGCAAUUAGUUAAUUUUCAUUUGCACUUUUUAGCAUAUUUAACUAGCAGCAUACACAUUUUACAAGAUAAACAUCUAACCACUUGUCCAUUGUUGAAGCAAGACCUACUGGCAGCUUUGUCAAAAUAAAAACACCCAGUUAGUCUCCUCCCCAUUGCUACUACAAAGACUUUGUGAUAAACUACAAGAAAUAGUGGGUUGGAGCGUUGUCCUUCCUGUAGUAAGAUUAAAGUAACUUGAUUAGCUAGGUAAUCUCCAUGUGUGCUUGGGGUGUUCUAUUGGCUAUCAUUUGAGACAAUUCAUCACUUGACAAAUUAGUGCAAUGAUUAAACAGCUGUAAAUGUUGUUUAAUUUAACAACCAGGAGUGGACAAUCACAAUCCCUAUUGUAACAAUUUUAAGGAGAAUGUAGCCCAUCACACAGAUUAUCCAUUAUAUUGACCAGAUACUCAAGUGGCCUCUAUGAAAAUAAAUGUCUUCAAAAAUG